GAUCUCACCAGACUUCAUAUUGAAGGUUUCAUCUGGUAUCUGUAAUAUAUCGUAGAAAUUUAUUAUUACCGUCCACUUUCGUUAGAGCAGAUGGUGCUCGUUCUCGAGGCAUAUAUUCAAGACCCCUAAAAAACAAAGGCAUAUGGCAUAUCCAGUCUUGUUGGACCUGUAGUCACUGUCUUUAGUAUGAUGAAGAGGUUGAGGGUAUGCCGACAGUUGUGCUUGAAUUUUACUGUUUAUAAGUAAAAGAUAUAGAUUAUGAAUCAAUAAAAUAAUGUCUUUGUGCUUGCGUUCUAUUUCUAUUCCAAAUAAAUUUAUAUCACUUGUUAAUACACCUCGGCAAGUAACAAGGCUCAACCAUACGUUAUCCGAACAUGUUAAAUUGUCUUUGUUUUUAAAAGAGUUUUUAGGUAUGCAAGCAAAAAUGAAUGCGGUAGUGAGUUCCUCUAAAAGUUCAAUGAACCCUCUAAUUUCUUUAUUGGAACAAAAUAUACCAACUACAUUCUUUAAAACUCAAGUAGGAAAGCUAAAGAUAUGCAAUGAAAAAUAUCAUUGCAAUAAACAACAAACAUUGACAUUGCAUCAACAAAAGAAAAUAAAUGAGAUCACAUCAACUAAGUGGAUAUUUAAGAAUACCUUACCUAGCAGUAAAAGGGAAAGAAUUUUAUAUUCAAACAUAUCUCCUAAUGUGAAAGAUGUAAAUGAAAAACAACCUAAGGAUCGUAAAUCACCUAAGGAACAUUUAAGCAAUGUAUUUAAACAUCUUCAGCGUGAUUUACCAUUACUGUUUGUUAAAACAAUGGAUUUUAAUAUAUAUACGAGCGAUUUAAUAUUUAUAAACAACAUUAGAGGAACAACAACUACAGGUAUUGUGCACUAUAUAAAUCAAAUAUCAUUAUUAAAACUAGUAGGACACAUUAAAUAUGCUUAUGUUAAAUUGAAUAUUUUAAAAAUGACGAUGCACCCCGAGGAUAAUACCGUUAAAAUUCGGUGGCGUAUAGAAGGUGUUUCUAAUGCAAAGGUACUUCUUUUAUUUUGGAAAUUUAAGUUUUGGAAUAUGAAAGAUCAGACAGAGGGUGGACCAACGUGGUACGAUGGAUUUUCUACAUUUUAUGUUAAUAAUGAUGGUAAAAUAUAUAAACAUAUUGUGGAUAAAUUGAUGCCUGAUCAAGAACAAGAAAAGCUAAAAACUCCUAUUGAACCAAAAUUGGCUUUAUUCACUUCUUUAUUAAGCUUGAACUUAAAUUAUUUUGAUAAAGUUUACUUAAAAAAAUACAUCCUCGAUUACUUCAAGUAAAGUAAAAGAGUGAAUAAAAAAUUUGUACGUCAUUAUAUUAGAUAAUUAAAAUACGCCAUCAGUUUUGACACACUCAGCUUAACUAUAUUUGUAGAGCCACACAUGGAAGUCAAAGCGCACGGUAUGAAUCUUACUGUUGUGCGUAUUUAUAAUGAAUUAUAGCUCUUUAAAAAAUGUUUUCUAAAAUAUUAUUUAAUAAAUUGCAGUAAUAAAAUUUCAGAAAUAUAAAUACACUGCUUGUAUAUUAAUAUUCUUAAAUUGCAUUUGUAAUUGUGAUAAAAAGAAAUUACUAAAUAGAAAUUAUAGAAGAGGAGGAAAUUUAGGUGGUGUCCUAGAAAAAAUGAAUGUCAAUUUAUUUUUUUGUUUUUUAAUGGAUAUAUCCAUUAAUAACAUUCUACGUAAUAUUUAUUUUUUUUGCGACGUGAUAACGAUUUCCGAGACGAAUAAAACGACCUAGAUACAAACUGUUUAAACUUUGAAAGAUGACACAAGGAUGAAACAGAAUGAUUUGGACUAGAUAAACAUUAGAACAUUUAGCCAAAAACAAAGUAUCAAUUAUUCGUUGUUAGUUAACUGAAUACAAUAAUAAAAUUAUAUUUAACGUUAAGUAUGCGAAUCGUAUUAUAGUUAAAAUUUUGAUGUAACAAUAAUUAUCAAGAGACAUAUGUAUCUUAGGUUGUUAAAUUCGAUCGUUGCAUUUCCAAUUGUUAUCAAUAUUCUUUAUAAAUCAUUUGUAUAAUAUAAAUUAGUUAAAGACAUUGUAUUUCUCUUUGUUACAUCAAGUUUUAUUACCAAUUUUUUGUUUCUGAUAGAUACUAAUUAAUGUUAAAAAUUUGAAAAGUUUAAUAGAUCUAUAGUACCAGCUAGUAACAGUAAGAUGACUUGAAUUAAAUACAACCAUUAAAUGUCCAUAAAAUAUGAUUUAUUUAACUUAAAAAACUCUCAUAUAAAAAAUACAGUAGAUACAUUUAUUUCAUUCAGUUACACACAAGGCCUGUAAACAAAAUUAACUAUUAGAAAAAUAUUGUAACCAACCAUUAAAUCAGUAAAGUAUAUAUUUACCUAAAUAAUCAUCCAUUAAUGUUCCAAUGGCAAACUGCAAACAAAUACGUACAUUAUAAUGUAAAAUCUUAAGAUAAAAUAUUAUACUUGUUGUAUACUAACAAUGCCUGUAGCAUCAACUCUUGUACCAACAAUUUUCAGUCUUAUUUCAUCAUCUGGUUGAAUAAUUACAUCCUGCAAUUUGUAUCCUUACAUUAUAUAAUCGCUCUAUUAAAUCAGACAAAUCAUUGCAUUCAAAA